AUCCAGAUUCCAGAAGCAAAAUAAAAAAGUUCCUGUACUGUUCGGUUUAUGUGAAAUUCCGAGAGAAGGAAGAUGGUGGAGCUCAAGAGCGUAGGCGUGGUGGGAGGUGGGCAGAUGGGUUCCGGCAUCGCCCAGCUCGCCGCCAUGUAUGGCCUCGACGUACAUCUUAUCGAUACGGAUCCGGUAGCUCUCUCCAGUGCCACCAAAUCUAUCUCCGCCUCCAUUCAACGUUUCGUCUCCAAAGGCCAAAUUUCCCAGGCAGCAGCUACAGAUGCGUUGGGCCGUCUGCAUUGUACCUCAAAUUUGGAAGAACUCUGCUCUUCAGAUUUUAUUAUUGAAGCUAUUGUGGAGUCUGAAGAUGUGAAGAAGAAGUUAUUUAUUAAUCUUGAUAAGAUUGCAAAGAGUACUGCCAUUCUAGCAUCUAAUACAAGUUCCAUCUCCAUUACUAGGCUAGCUUCUGCAACUAGCAGGCCACAACAGGUAAUUGGCAUGCAUUUUAUGAAUCCUCCUCCAAUAAUGAAGUUGGUUGAGAUAGUGCGAGGUGCAGACACAUCAGACAAUACAUUUUAUGCUACAAAAGCCUUGGCGGAGAGGUUUGGGAAGAUAGUAAUAUGCUCUCAGGAUUAUUCUGGUUUUAUCGUGAAUCGGAUCCUGAUGCCAAUGAUAAAUGAAGCCUUUCAUGCACUUUAUACUGGGGUAGCAACAAAGGAAGAUAUUGAUACAGGAAUGAAGUUGGGGACAAACCAUCCAAUGGGUCCUUUGGAGCUUGCAGACUUCAUUGGAUUGGAUGUGUGUCUGUCAAUAAUGAGAGUUCUACAUGCAGGUCUUGGGGACAGCAAAUAUUCCCCAUGCCCCCUACUUGUGCAGUAUGUUGAUGCAGGUCGCCUUGGAAAAAAACGUGGCAUCGGGGUAUAUGACUACCGCAAGCUUAAGAAUCAUUUUAAUGAAGCAAGGAAAUCAAAAGGAGCACUUCCUUUCUAGCUGAUUUGUGGUAAAGGUGACCCACAAGAAGAACCUACUGAGAAUUUGAGGGAAAUUAGCUUUAUCUUUUUGCCUAUGGAUAGCCCCACCAGGAGCCACAUUGGCGUUAUUUGGCAGCAUCUUCUCUACUGAAAAUGAUUGAAGUGGAAUCCGAUGGGAAAGAAGAUAGAAAGGAAUUGCAAUAGUGAAGGAAUCUUUUCUUUCUAUACACCCGAGUUUUAGGACACUUUGAGAAAAAAAGGAAAGCAGAGGAAACACAAUGAAGUUCUUGUUCCAGUGCCCUUGUUGCUCAUGUUUCUGCUUUUUGAAGCCUAAGAAGGGGCAACCUAAGGUGAAGGAUGCCAAAGAAGUGAAGGGAACAAAGGAAGAAAAGGCAGAAAAAGCAGAGUGAGAAUGGAAUCCCAUUUGGCCUUCUACUUUGCUGCAGCUCAAGCUAUAGUAAUUGUCUGUAGAGCGUCUUGGCCGAGUUCUUAUGAAUUUCUGGCUUGUUAUCCUUCAUGUAGAACAAAUCACUGAUAAUAAUAAGAUUGUCGUUUUUUC